AUGAUCGCUGGCCUUAUCAAGAAACAUUCGCGAUACACUGAAAAUCUUUCGUUUUCUGCGACCAACUCUCUGCGAAAUAUCGACCCGAUUCUGCGCGUUUUGCCAUCGUGUCACUUCAAGGAGUUCCUGACAUCCGUGGAUGCUUUUGACGCAAUGUUGAACUGGAUUCGAUGGAGUGAAUUCCCGGGAAAACAUUCAAAAGCCAUUUUACAUUUUGCUUCCUAUUACACAUAUGGAUUCGCCUUCGAAAACAUCACCAGACUUUUCCCACUCAGCAGCAAAGUGGAGCGCAGUUGCAUAAGCAAGAUGAUACCUGCUGUGGUUAGAGAAAUGGAAGAGAAAGCAGCUGAAUGGAAUGAAUCCACUUGUCGUUAUGCUGUUUAUAAAGAAAAUGGUUGCUGCUUUUUGAUUGUUGAUAGACAAAAGAUUUGCCUAAGGUCUUUUAAUGGUUUUGAUUACUAUCAACACUAUCAACAAUUUCUCCGGAUUUACAUUUGGCAAUCCAAUGAUCAAUUAUCU